AUGAGCAUUAAUUCAGGCUCAUCAGUUGAAAAGACAGAUUCCGAAGAACCGUCAUUUCCGGCCCAGGAAAUAAUACCAAAAGAAAGUGUCGAUCCUAUGGCACACUCAUUUCUUGAAGCCGGCUUUCACCCUUAUUCAGGUCCUAGUGAACAUGCAGACCCCAAUAUAGCCGGGUCUUUUGCGGGUCUUUUCUCGUUACAGGACAUUCCUGAGUACUUGAGUGAAGGCUUGGGCGAUUUUGGAUCUGACGAGCAAAAACAUGGCCAAUAUGAAGAGAAGAUCCUCAGCCCAUCUACUUUCGAAGCGAUGUCUACACAAAACCUCCUCGGUUCUAUGGGUAACGAUUUCUCGUGGGGAUUGCACCUAGAUACCACUCAGACCUUUUCACCAACGAGAAACUCCAAAACCGCGAACCCAACAAACAUCAACAAAGACACGGCUGCUACCCGUGGUGCCUCGCCCAGGCAGAGUGUAAGGUUCAGGAGGGAAUCAUCUCCAUCACGAUCUCGAACACCAUCUAUCAUAACGUGCGACUGUCUGCAGCAGUUAGCAGACCAGCUAGCUCAGAUCAAGGGUUUAAACAGGGCGAGUGAGCUCUUGAAAGCAGAUUAUAUACUCUCCGUUGCACGUGAAGCACUUCAUCGAUGGAGAAGUCAACUCCAGUGCAAUAUCUGUCAACAAAAUGACGACAGGGAUAUAUUGGUUCUCUCUGUGAUGGGAUUUCGCGCAAUUCUUAGCCUCAUCCGGCGGAUUGGUCAAGACAUACUGGGAAGCCCCCUUGACAGCCAGCAGAUAAGUCCAAUACGUGGACAGGAUAGCCAUGCUCUCAAUGAAGAGUUGGCUACAGGCGAUGCGCCUAUCACUUCAGCCGUACUCAAUGGUUCGUCUGACCAAUCCUUCCUUGGCAUGUACGAACUGUCCCAGGAGGAGAAACGCUUGAUGGCAAAUGUCCUUCUUAAUAGAAUGUUAGCGGACAUCAGUCGGACAGUAGCGGAGGUUAAGGCACGGAGCGCAAAACCCCCCAUUCUGAACACGCCCAGUAGCAGCGAUUGCAGCACAACAUCUCCUAUCGGUUUCCAGUUCCCGCUUAAUAACAUAUCCUUGCAGUCCUCAGGCGAUGAACAACUAUAUCAUCUAGAUUCCGCUCCUGUUCCUGUCCCAGAUACUCACCACAUCCAUUUACAACACUCGCUAAACAGUCUGUCACGGUCUAUAGAAUCUUUGUCAGAUGCUUUAAGGCAUCCAAAUUCUUCCCCGGCGCCGUCUAUUUCAUAG